CCUUUUCAUUGCAGGAGAAGAGGACAAAGAUACUCAGAGAGAAAAAGUAAAGGACCGAAGAAGGAGACUGGAGAGAGCAGGAUCCUUCCAGCUGAACAAAGUCAGCCGCAAAGCAGCCUAGCCAGCCGGCUACAAUUGGAGGCCGAGUCCCAAAGACAUGGGCUUGUUAGAGUGCUGUGCGAGAUGUCUCGUAGGGGCCCCCUUUGCUUCCCUGGUGGCCACUGGAUUGUGUUUCUUUGGAGUGGCACUGUUCUGUGGCUGUGGACAUGAAGCACUCACUGGCACAGAAAAGCUCAUUGAGACUUAUUUCUCCAAAAACUACCAGGACUAUGAGUAUCUCAUCAAUGUGAUCCAUGCCUUCCAGUAUGUCAUCUAUGGAACUGCCUCUUUCUUCUUCCUUUAUGGGGCCCUCCUGCUGGCUGAGGGCUUCUACACCACCGGCGCAGUCAGGCAGAUCUUUGGCGACUACAAGACCACCAUCUGCGGCAAGGGCCUGAGUGCAACGGUAACAGGGGGCCAGAAGGGGAGGGGUUCCAGAGGCCAACAUCAAGCUCAUUCUUUGGAGCGGGUGUGUCAUUGUUUGGGAAAAUGGCUAGGACAUCCCGACAAGUUUGUGGGCAUCACCUAUGCCCUGACCGUUGUGUGGCUCCUGGUGUUUGCCUGCUCUGCUGUGCCUGUGUACAUUUACUUCAACACCUGGACCACCUGCCAGUCUAUUGCCUUCCCCAGCAAGACCUCUGCCAGUAUAGGCAGUCUCUGUGCUGAUGCCAGAAUGUAUGGUGUUCUCCCAUGGAAUGCUUUCCCUGGCAAGGUGUGUGGCUCCAACCUUCUGUCCAUCUGCAAAACAGCCGAGUUCCAAAUGACCUUCCACCUGUUUAUUGCUGCAUUUGUAGGGGCUGCAGCCACACUGGUUUCCCUGCUCACUUUCAUGAUUGCUGCCACUUACAACUUUGCUGUCCUGAAACUCAUGGGCCGAGGCACCAAGUUCUGAUCACCUGUAGAAAUUUCCCUUUCUCUAAUAGCGAGGCUCUAACCACACAGCCUACAAUGCUGCGUCUCCUGUGUUAACUCUUUGCCUUUGCCACUGACUGGCCCUCUUCUUACUUGACGAGUGUAACAAGAAAGGAGAGUCUUGUGGUGAUUAAUGUCUCUCUGUGGACUCUCCCCUCUUAUGUACCUCUUUUAGUCAUUUUGCUUCACAGCUGGUUCCUGCUAGAAAUGGGAAAUGCUUAAGAUGGUGACUCCCCAACUGCAAGUCACAAAGAAACGGAGGCUCUAAUUCAAUGUUCAAGCAUCUCCUGAGGACCAGGAAGUGUUUUCUUCUCAAAGGGCACUUCCACUGAUGGAAACAAAGUGGAAAGAAAGAUGCUCAGGUAGAGAGAAGGGAUGUACCUGGCCCCUUUGCCACCUUGAGGCCCAAAUGUAUUCUCGUUGGUGUACAAAACAGAGGACUCCCUCCUGUUUCCCUAUUACCAUUGAAGAGAGAAGAAAAAAAAAGAAUACCAGCAAAACAAUAAAAGCAUUUGCCCAAAUCUACCUAUUGCAGCUGGGAGAAGGGGGUCAAAGCAAGGAUCUUUCACCCAUAGAAAGAGAGCACUGACCCCGAUGGCAAUGGACUAUUUAAGCCCUAACUCAGCCAACCUUACUUAUAGCAGAAGGGAGCGUAGUGUCUGUGUAGACGAAGGGGGCACCUGGCCUUAUACCUCGUUAGAGAAGAGAAACAGGGUGUUGUCAGCAUCUUCUCACUCCCUUCUCCUUGAUAACAGCUACCAUGACAACCUUGUGGUUUCCAAGGAGCUGAGGCUAGAGAGAAACUAGCUCGUAUGAAAAAAGACUGGCUUAGAAGAGCAGCAGUUGCCAGUGGCUAACGGUGUAAACUGAGCCAGCCCUCUGGUAGACACAGGAUAGAUAACUCUUUGGAUAGCAUGUCUUUUUCUGUUAAUUAGUUGUGUACUUUGGCCUCUGUCAUAUCUUCACAAUGGUGCUCUUUUCAUGGGGUAUUAUCCAUUCAGUCACAGCAGGUGAUUUGAAGAUCUUGAUUUGUUUCAGAAGGAUGCACAUUGUCACAUUUUCCAGUUUGUCUAUCACUUGUUUGGGGUUGUACCAUAAAGGUCUGGAGGAUGAUUCUUUGACUAUGAUUCUUUAACAAAUGAAAAUUGGACAUUAAACAUCACAAAUGAUAUGGAAAA